AUGCCGUCACAUAUCCACUCUGUUACCAACAUACACCGUAUAGCCUGCAUCCCCGGCGACGGCAUCGGCGUCGACAUAACAGAAGCCGCCAUCCAAGUCCUCAACGUCUUAAGCAAAACCAUCGGCGGCUUCGAAUUCGACUUCACGACCUUUGACUGGAGCAGCAAGAACUAUCUCGAGCGAGGAUGGUACAUGCCACCGGACGGUCUCGAGCAACUGAAAGCCUAUGAUGCCAUCUACUUCGGUGCCGUUGGCUGGCCCAAUGUGCCUGACCACAUAUCCCUCUGGUCCCUCAUCUUGCCAAUCCGGAAGUCGCUGAACCAAUACGUCAAUGUCAGACCCACACGUAUCCUCCCUGGCACCACAUCCCCUCUAUCAAACUGUAAACCCGGCGAUCUCGACUGGAUGAUCAUCCGCGAGAACAGCGAGGGCGAGUACUCCGGCCAAGGCGGCACAUCUCACGAAGACAGCCCGCACACCAUCGCCACUGAAGUCAGCAUCUUCACUCGCGUCGGCAUCGAGCGUGUAAUGCGAUAUGCAUUCGAGACCGCGCGCUCACGACCACGCAAGAAGCUCACCAUGGUGACCAAGAGCAACGCACAGCGCCACGGCAUGGUCCUCUGGGACAAAGUCUUCUACGAAGUCGCAAAAGAGUACGAGGACGUGGAGAUAGACAAGAUGCUUGUGGACGCCAUGACGGUGCGCAUGACGCUGCAUCCCUCCUCGCUCGACACCAUCGUUGCGACAAAUCUACACGCGGAUAUCUUGUCUGAUCUUGCUGCUGCGCUGAGUGGCUCGAUUGGCAUUGCGCCGUCGUCGAAUCUCGAUCCUACAAGGAAGAAUCCGAGUAUGUUUGAGCCUAUCCAUGGGUCUGCGCCGGAUAUCGCGGGGAAAGGAAUUGCGAAUCCCGUGGGUGCGUUCUGGAGUGCGGCGGAGAUGGUGAGGUGGGUUGGGGAGGAGAAGGCGGCAGAUGGGUUGAUGAAGGCGAUUGAGAAUGUUACCGAGAGGGGAGUUAAGACGAAGGAUCUGGGUGGGAGUGAGAAUACGAAGGGUGUGACCGAUGCGGUUUGUAAGGAGAUUGAGACACUUUUCAAGAGGGACUGA